CUCUCGACGUCCCGCAGUUCGAUGUCGAGUAUGAAAGCGAACAAGCCCAAGUGUUGAACCAGAUGUUGAAUCCUGAACAGAAAUUUGUUUACGACUCGGUUUUGGAAGCUGUACAAGAUGAGAAUCCUAACACACCAAAGACAUUUUGCGUUAAUGCGUUUGCCGGAGCUGGAAAAACUUUCCUGUUUAGGACGAUCCUUCAUGCUGUUCGGGGAAUGGGCCACGUUGCCGUUCCCGUUGCGUGGACAGGUAUUGCUGCUGUGCUGUUGACCGGUGGAAGAACUGUACACUCUACUUUCAAGUUGCCCGUUCCGAUUCUGGAAAAUUCUUCGUGCCAUGUCAGACAAGAUAGUGCUGAAGGAAGGUACUUGAAGACUGCAAAACUUUUCAUAUGGGAUGAAUGCACCAUGACGCCUCAUUACGCUUUGGAAGCUGUCGACAGAUUACUGAGAGACUUGACCGGACUGGAUGUUCCUUUUGGCGGUAAAACCUUAGUUUUAGGAGGUGACUGGAGACAAACAUUACCUGUGAUCGCACACGGAAACCGAACUUCUGCGAUCGAGAGCUGCCUCAGAAAUUCCUUUUUGUGGUCACAUUUCAAACAGUGCACACUUUCUACGAAUAUGCGAUUGCAUCCGGAAGAACAAGAGUUUUCAGAGUGGCUUCUACAGUUGGGAGAUGGUCGUCUUAAAAAUGACAGUGGCUUGGAUGAAGACAUUAUCGAAAUUCCAUCUUUGUGUGUGGUAAACAGAUCGAUAGUAGAAGAAAUGUUUGGUUGCGGUAGUGAAUUCGACUUACAAGACUUGGCCAGUAAAGCAAUUUUAUGUCCAAAGAAUGAGGAAGCUCUGAAACUUAAUGAAGAAAUUCUUUCCAAGUUUCCAGGUCAAGUUUUCACACUCUACAGUGCAGACUCCGUUAUUUGCGAUGACGAAGAAGAACAAGACACGUAUCAGCUGGAUUUCAUCCACAGCCUGACGCCUUCUGGAAUGCCACCUCAUUGUCUGAAUUUGAAACUUGGAGUUAUAGUUAUGCUUCUACGGAAUCUAAAUCCAUCGGCUGGACUCUGCAACGGAACAAGGCUCAUUGUGAAGAGAAUUAUGCAAAACGUUUUAGAUUGUGAAGUCAUCUCUGGACAGAAUGCUGGAUCAAGAGUUUUCAUUCCACGUGUUGAACUUUCACCUUCAGAUUCAAACCUCCCCUUUCAGCUCAAGCGAAGACAGUUUCCUAUCAGGCUUGCAUUUUGUAUGACUAUUAAUAAGUCACAGGGACAGACGCUGAAGAAAGUUGGAAUUUAUUUACCGCAACCGGUUUUCAGUCAUGGAAUGCUUUACGUAGCUUUUUCAAGAUGUUCAUCUAUGAGGAAUGUUUCUGUUUUAGUGAAAGACACCAAGAAGCAAGGCCGUUUGAUACCUGGAUGUUCUAAAGUAUUCACAAGAAAUAUUGUUUACAGAGAGGUUCUGCAGUUAAAAAAAAAAAAAAAAAAAAAAAAAAAAAAAUUCCUCAACACUGUGAAGAUGAAACAUUGAGAUUUUUGCACACAAAUUGAAGUGAAUCAAGCCAACGUAAAACUAAAAAAGUUUGAGAUUUUUGGAUGAUUAGGAUAAACUGAAGCAAGUCAAGAUGAAGCUGAAACAGUUUGAGAAUUAUGCAUUAGUCGGUUUUAGGUCUGUCGUUACAAAGUAGAAUUUGGAGUUGUAUUAUUUUUUCAAUGUUGUAAAUAUUUUUUAUAAAUUUUCCUUUUCAGGUCUACAUGCAACUGCGGUCAUUAAUUUUAAAAAGUUUUAUGUAUUUUCUUUUUUAGGUACUUAUGGAACUGAUUUCAAUCACAUAAAAAUAUUUUUUUCAGGUGUAUAUAGAAAUGAUUUGAUUUAAAUUAAAAUGUUUUUAUACGUUUCUUUUCAGAUGUUCAUAGGUAUUUAUGGAACUAAUUUCAAUCACAUAAACAUCCACACCAACUUGUAAAUACUUCUUUUUCAGGUGUACAUAGAACAUGUAAAUUUCACAUGUAAAACAUGUAAAUGUGUCAGGCAGUUCAUGCCGUCAAAAGCCCGCCAAUGUCUUUUGUGCAAGAUUUUGAGUUCAGUAUAAACUUAUAACUAAUUUAUUUUAUUUAUUAUUUAUUUAUUUUUUAA